AUGGUUUCAUUCGCUCCCUACACGCUUGUUGCACUCGCUGCUGCCAUUGUUUCCGUGGCCGCCGAUGAGAACACCACCCUCACUUCCACGCUUACAGUGACCACCACAAUCUUGACCCCAGAGGAGCUGUCAUCGCUUGAGGCUGCCAUUGCCGCCAGUGAGGCUUCGGUUUCUUCUGCUUCUGAGGCCUCGGUGUCGUCUGCUUCCGCUGCUUCGGCUGCUUCUGCCGCCUCCGUUGCUUCUGUUGCUUCUGCCUCCUCGGUGUCUGCCGCUAGCGCCGCUUCUGCUGCUAGUGCUGCUUCUGCCGCUAGUGCUGCCUCUGUUGCCUCUGUUGCCUCAGUUACUUCCGCUGCUGCUGCAGCUUCUUCUGCUAGCGUUGAAUCCGUGAGAUCGGCUGCUUCCGUCGCUUCUGUUUCUGCUGCCUCUGCUAAGAAGGCUGCUGCUUUGUCUUCCUAUAAGGGUGUGGUGGCUGUGGCUUCUGCUUUGAACACUACCGUCACCGCUAGCCUGUACUCCAACUCAACCUCCCAUUCAAAGUCUCACAUCACAACGUCGUCGGCUUCGCAGAGCACACUUGCUGGUACCUCAAUUACCACCACCGCUGCUGCUGGUUCUUCGUCUGCUGCUCCAUCCAGCUCCAGCUCGGGUAUCGCUGCUGGCGCCGGUGUGGCUGCUGGUAUGAUUGCUGUGAUCGCUGCAAACUUGAUUUGA